AAACAUUUAGCAGUUCGACCCCAACAAGUGUCAGGCCACGGACUGGAAGAUUGGCAGUACUUCCCCAAUGCAACAAGUGAUAGGUACAGGUACAGUCUCCCGGGGAAAUUAAGUCGCUCCUGUCUCUUUAAUGUUCAAGUCUCUUUUGAGGGGCGGAGUGGAGCCGGCGGCCGGAGUUACAAGGGAGUUGAAUCGAGUGAGACACAGUGAGGAGGAGCAAAAAGAGUGCGCAUCCCAGCAAAUCAGAGAAAUGGAGAGGAGGGAACAGCCGGAUUCCAACCAUGCAUCGGCGUUUGCAGAAGGUCAGCGCUGGGUGGAGGAGGUUACUGGAAAGAAAUUUGGGCAGAAAGAUUUUCGAUCUGCACUGGAGGAUGGAGUCUUGCUAUGCGAGUUGGUUAACAAGAUAAAACCAGGUGUCAGUAAAAGGAUCAACCGCCUGUCAACACCUAUAGCUGGUUUGGACAACAUUAAUGUUUUCCUGAAGGGCUGUCAGAAAAUUGGCUUGAAAGAAGCACAGCUGUUUCACCCAGGAGACCUGCAGGAUUUAUCCAGUCGUGUCACUGUCAAGCGUGAAGAAACUGAAAGGAGACUGAAAAAUGUUUUGAUCACAAUAUAUUGGCUUGGGAGAAGAGCACAGUCUGAGCCUCACUAUAAUGGACCACACCUUGACCUGAAUGCAUUUGAGGGACUGUUGGGACAGACGCUAACCAAGGCACUUGCAGACUCGGGCAGUCUGAAUCGAAGCGGAAGGGACAGCGGGUACUGUGAUAUCUGGUGUGCAGAGCGCACUGAGCCAACGUCACCACAGUUCACGCACAGAAGAGACGACUCACUUGAUAGCUUGGACUCUUUCGGGUCAAAGUCACUCGUAAGCCUUUCAUCAGACGUAACUCUAAAGGGGAGUAGUGAAGGUGGUGAGAGUGAUACUGAGUCAGAGGAUCUGAGCAGCAAGGUGAUGGAAGGUCUAAGGGAUGACAUGUCACUUCGUAGGACCUCCACCUCUGAGUACAAGCCCGUUAUUCCCUACAACCAGUUCCUGCCGACUAAAAGCAAGCCUGCAACCUAUGUGCCCGCUCCACUGAGGAAAAAGCGUGCGGAACGAAAUGAGGAUAAUAGAAGAAGUUGGGCAAGUCCGAUGUUUACAGAGGCUGAUGGAUCAUUAUCAAGGAGUAAAUCGCUCAAUGAUGUGUCUGCUGAAGAAGGUGGUAAAAUUGCAAAAUCUCUACGAUAUGAAGAACUGCAGAGAAUAAAGAAAGCUUUGCAUGAACAGGACCAGCAAUGGCAAAACGACCUGGCUAAGUGGAAGAAUCGUCGUAAAAGUUUUACCUCCGACCUACAAAAGAAGAAGGAAGAGAGAGAAGAGAUUGAGAAAAUGACAUCAGGGGAGAGUGUCAGACCAACAAAGACGUUCAGGAAAAUGAGGGAAGAAAGGGAGCUCAGACAGCAAGAAUCGUCCAGAGGUGACCAAACUGACUACAGAAAGCUGAACUCCUCUGAUGAAGAAGUGUUUGCUGAGGAACAUAAACCCCAGAGGCGUUUGUUCGAAAGAAGUCACACUGUGGCAACUGAAACCCCUAUCACCUUCCAGAAACGCGAGCCUGUAUCCUUGGUACCUCCAGUCCAAGCUCCAGUGAGACAAGCAGCAAUAGAAUUGAAAAGUACAGUCAACAGUAUGUCAGAAGAGCAAAGCUCUCUUCCCUUGUAUACCCGCCAUUCAAUAGACCAUAUCGCUGACCAGACUCGGGUGUCAAGUUCUCUGCCUAGGAAUUACCAAAGACCUGAUGUGUCAAGAAUUACUCCUGUGGUUGCCCCAAGACCUUAUGGCACACAAUCUAAAAGACUCUCCUCACUCACGAGAUCUUACCCACAGAGGGAUGAGCCACCAAAAUAUAACGGAGUUGUGAAUGGUUCAAAAAGUUUCCAGGCAACCUCAGGCUUCCUGUCAAAGCCUGAAACAACAGAGUUGAAGGAAAGUAGUGGGCUGUCAAAAAAAGAGGCAGAGGGAGCCAUGUGGCUCAGCCCUUCCUUGAAAACCGAGAAAAAGAGGUCUGUGGAGGUAGCCCUUGCCUCGAAGCUAGAAAAUGACCUGUACAUACAGAGCAAUUUUUCCUCUAAAAUGGAAGAUGACACAUUUGCACGGAGAAAUUAUUCCUCAAAACUGGAGAAUGACGACCAAUCACAGGGCAGUUCUGUAAUGAGUAGUAAUGAGGAGGAGGAAGAGGAAGAAGUAAGGACUCCAUCUCUCAGUGAGAACAACUUUCCCCAUGAGUCAAAGCCUGCCACCACAUCCAGCGCUGCAACAAUGAAUUCUUUUACAAAAGCAACAAGCCUGCCCACAGACAUGGUUACCACAGCAGCCAUGCAACAGAGACCAUAUAGUGAAACACGCAUAGUUAUUAAUCAGAAACCAAACAGUAAUCAAGACUUUGGAUUCACGACUGAUUGGACCACCACCGGUGUGACUGUCAAGUCAAUUCAAAGAGGAGGACCAGCAGAAUUUUGCCAGUUGGAAGUGGGGGAUGAAAUAACUUCAAUCAAUGGCAAUAAUGUAGCCAACAUGGACCAUCAGGCUUGGGUAAGAGCCUUGGAAGAUGCAAGAAAAACUGGAAACUUGAACAUGGAAGUCAGAAAAUAUGAAAAUAACAGUACACGUGAAAUGAAAUACAACAUCUCCAAUGAACCCAGUCGGUGGGAAGCCAGUGGACCAACUAUGAUGUCCAGCAGAAGUCAACCCUUCAAUCAACUAUCAGACUUUACUCGAUCAGGAGAAGAUGAGAAGAAAUUACCGGAGGAUUCAAGGCAAAAAGCUUCUGAACCCAUUAGUCUGAAAAACUUUAAAAGGCGAUCCCAGUUCUUUGAACAAGGAGGAUCAGAAUCGGCAAUGAGCGAUCUACAAAUUCCAUCAAUUAGUGUUUCAAGUCGUUGGUCUUGGAAUCCUGAGGAGGAGAGAAAGCGGCAGGAAUUAUGGCAGAAAGAACAAGACCGAUUGUUACAGGAAAAAUAUCAGCGUGAGCAAGAAAGGCUACAGGAAGAAUGGGAAAAGGCCCGGAGAGAAGCUGAACAAGAAGGUUCCAAGUACUACGAAGAGGAGCGUAAGAUACUGCAAGAAACAAACACCCCACGAUCACCAUUAAGUGCCAUGGCUUGGCCUGGUGAAUCCAGCAACAGGCUCUCCUCCCGAAACUGGUCACAUCUUGGGAUGAUCAGGACACUGAAGAGGAGCUGGGCGAUGAACAAGAUGGGCACCAAAGCGAGGACGACGAGGCUAGGAGGCAGGGAGAACAUGGCACGCCAGGAAAUGGCAGCUCGCCAUGAACGAGAAAGCAAACUGCAGGAAAAGAGGGAGCGGGAGCGCCAGGAGCAAUGGCAACUGGAGCUGGAGCGGCAGAAAGGAGAGAGAAGGCUGAGGCAACAGGCAGAGGAGCGAGCACGUCAGGCAGAGGCGGAAAGAGCUAAAGAAUUUCAACCUCGGUGGGCUAAGUCAAAGUCAACCUCUGAGCUCGAUGAAGUUGUGCCUGUGCAAAAACAUGGUGACGUGAAGAGUAGAGUCUCAGACAAUGUGUGGAUUAAGAAUGAAGCACAGCCGAAGACCUCGCAACAGAAAGAACAGCCACUGUCAUAUGCUGAGCAAGAGCGACAGAAAAUUCUGCAGGAGAUGCGCAGAAAGACCCAGCUUUUGAAUGACAAUAGCUGGAUCAGGCAGCGUAGUGCCAGUGUUGUGAAUAAGAAUCCAGUCAGUAAUUAUGGGCCCAUGAGGAGAGGUGAAUCUUUGGAUAACUUGGAUACCCCAAGGACAAAUAGCUGGGGACCAAAUUUCGAGCCAGUGAAUUCUUCAGGAAGGGAAUCGGCCUACUACCCAGUUUCCACCUCGAACCGAUCCUACAUGCGUACUCCAUCUUCUACACUGCCACCUCCGUCCACUGGAUCAGUGAGAACGGCAUCGUUAACCAAGAGCUCUUCUGUUGCCCCAAGCACUCAGUCCCAGCUAACUCAAGGCAGCAGGUCAAUAAGUGGAAAGAAGAUCUGUUCAUACUGUGAUAGCGCUCUGGGCAAAGGAGCUGCCAUGAUCAUCGAAUCUCUUGGUCUUUGUUAUCAUUUACAUUGUUUUAAGUGCAUCUCGUGCAGUGUUGACCUUGGGGGAACAGAAUCUGGAGCAGAAGUUCGAGUACGGAACAACAAUCUCUUCUGCAAUGCCUGUUAUGCCCAGUACAAAGCUGGGCAGUUCCUGUCCAAUUGAGGAGUCUCCAAGCAAUGGAAAGAUGCUGCUGUGAGUGGAAAAGGAGGAGAAACUUGGCUUAAUGCUUUAAGAAACCUAACUUAGAUACUCCACAUGAAUGGAAAAAAUUACUCUUGAUAAUCAGAGUAUAUAAAAUGACAUUACUCAUUGGAAUUUAAAAUAAUUUUUUCAUCACAGUUGGGCUACAAAUGGGGUGAUUGCUCGAUUAAACAUAAACCUUAAAUUUAUUGUGUGGAGAUUCAAUCUCGGCUAUUAAACUGAACGCACAUAUAUAGCAGGGGCUACAAGUUGUACUCGCUUUCUGAAGUCUGCCUCCUCUGAAAUUGCUGGAACUCCAAAGGUUGAAAGCAGAGUCACUCUUAAAACCUCUGAUAUGUAUGUGCAAUAGCACAAUCUAAAAUGAGUUUCUGCUCCUCUUAUUUUCUAACGAGCAUGGCAUGUACAGUAGCUAAGGGAAAGCACGGUGUAUUAUACAGAAAAUGUAUUGGUGACUUUUAUUUAUCAAACUGAUGAGCUGUUAGUUUAUGGUGCAAGUAAGACAACUGCCUCUGUUCAUAUGGCUGCUUGUUGAGCAGAGUUCUGUGGUUCAUAUAUAUUCUACUUAACAUUUAUGUUCUGAUACUUUUGCAAGAUCCAUGUAAUAAUUCCAAAACUGCGGUAAAUUAUCUCAGCACAUUUAUCUGCAUCUCCACUCCCAUUCUGUUGAUUAGGCGACUCUGGAAGGAGUGUAAUAUUUUCUAGAAAGAGGGACAGGUUAAAUAAGAUGGGGCAAGCAUGCAUUUUUAAUGUACGAGCCUCGAGCAGCCCUUGGGGAUUAAGUGCUUUGAUGUGAGAUCAAAAUCUGUGAGAUUUGCUCCUGGCUUUUUGGAAUUGAUGGUUAAAAUAUUUUGCAAAAAACUUGUACAAAAGAAAAAAAGUCAGUUUGUUUUUGUGUUGACUGAUGUUUAUAAAUAAAAUUAAUAAAUCUUUAAA